AUGUUUGCAUCACUUUUAACUUUUCAUGUCAAAAAUAGCUGGUCUGAUAACACGGAACUGAAUUACACGAAUUGGCGCAAAGGUGAACCAAAUGGUUGUUGCGGAACUGAUGUGAAGUGUGCUUUAGUAAACUUUAAUCAAUUAAGUAAUGGUCACUGGGAUGAUGUUGACUGUAACACUGUACGUAGUACGAAAUUUGUAUGUAAAAAAAAAUUGUAA